AUGGCCUGGGGCCAAGGCCUCUCAGCGCUGGCCGCCGUCGCCUGGACACACGUUCUGGCACUGCCGCUGCUGCUGCUCCUGGGCCUUGUAGGAAAUGAGUCUUCUACCUUUCGGCGGGUGGUAUGUGACGGCUGCGACAGCGUGCUGGCGCCGCCAACGUCGACGGUGUGGCCUGCUCUUGCCUUCUACACAGUCGUGCCGACCAUCCUCUGUCAGAGUCUCAUGGCUUGGGCUGCCAAGCACGCAGAGCCUUCUACGAUGGCGAUGUAUCCGGUAUUGCAGCCUGUGGCUAGCGCGAGUCUCUCCUGGCUCCUGCGCAGCGCUGCACCGCAGCUGCGAGAGGUCCUCGUGGCACCUGCGGCCAACACUCUUGGAGCCCUGCCCGUGGUGAUCGGGCUCUACUUGGUCUCGUCAGACUCCGCCAUUCGCCAAGUGAAGGGCGAAAAGGCAUCUUAG